AGACAGUAAUAAGUAUAUUCACCAAUAAUUAAAAUAAUUGUUCGUCCCAGUCCUAGCUCAAAUUUAAGUAGUUACUGUUACUUCCUGUCCACUCUCCUGUGUACUGUAAAGGACUCCCACUAAACCAUCAGAUUACCUUCCAGAAUGAUCUUAACUUGUUCGAGAGUGAUCUGGGCCUUUCUUGCUGGCCCGUUGGUCAUCUCUGCCUCUCCCCCUCCUUUCUGCAGGGAUUGCCCACCAAUCACAGGGGCUAAUUAGAAAGCCAAGAGAACGCAGACCCAGAGAGGAAAAGACAAAUCUCCAAAACACACACUUUUCUGUCGGGGACUGCUCGAGGCAGAGAGACAAUGGAGGAGACGUAUCUUCUCAACCAUCAAGGAGUCAAGAAGAAGAUUCUGGCAGGAGGCAGAGGACCGCUGCCACACUUUGCACCUGGGACAAAGCUGGUUUUCCAUUUCCAGACGCUGCUGGACAACUUCGAACGAACGGUCAUUGAUGACAGUCGACUGGCUGGCAGGCCGGCUGAGAUCUUUUUCGGAAAGAUGUUUAAGAUGGAAGUCUGGGAGACCCUGCUGGCGUCCAUGAGGAUCGGAGAGGUGGCUGAGUUCUGGUGUGAUGCUGUUCACACAGGCUUGUACCCCAUCGUGUCCAAGGGAAUGAGGCUAAUCGCUCAAGGGAAAGACCCACUGGAGGGUCAGAGACACAUGUGCGGCAUGGGAAACAUGUUCCACUAUCACUCCACUGGUUUCCCAGAGCUGGAUGAGAUAAUGAGAACUCCUCAACCACUUAUAUUCAUCAUGGAGCUGUUGCAGGUGGGAGACCCCAUGUCCUACCAAAGAGAGUCAUGGAUGAUGGAAAAGGAUGAGAAGCUGCAGACAGUGCCAAUUCUCCACAUGCAGGGCAAUAUGUUGGUCAAGCAGAGAAAAUACAGAGAGGCUGCCAGCAAGUACAAAGAGGCCGUCCUGCUGCUGAAAACAGUCCAGUCCAGAGAGAUGCCGGGUGAUAUAGACUACAUUAAUUUGGGUCGAAUGAUCGUCCCCCUGGAGUUGAACUACUGCCAGUGUAUGUUGGAGCUGGAGGAGUAUUAUGAAGUUAUAGAGCACACCACCGAACUGCUGGAGAAACACAACGACUGUAUGAAGGGCUACUACAAGAGAGCCAAGGCCCACGCUGCUGUGUGGAAUGAAAAGGAAGCCCGGAGGGACUUCAACAUGGUGGCCCACCUGGACAUCACUCUGGCCUCUCUCAUCAAUCGAGAGCUGAAGGCCCUGUCAGAGAGCAUGAAGGAGAAGUACUGGGAGGAGAAGGAGAAAUACUGGAACAAGCUGGAGAAAAAGAAGAACAAAAAUGAAGAGGAGGAGCGACAUGAUGAAGAUGAGAAAGAAGAAGAUGAGGGAGCCAAAGAAAAACAAGAGGACAGUGAAAGUGUGACCACAGAGAGUAAAGAUGAAGCGGAGGAAGAAAAAGGUAAAGCAGAGUCUCCAUCCAUUCUUUGUGCUGAAGGCCAUGAAGAGGAACUCGGGGGAAAUAAGGUUACACCAACUGAAGGAAGAGAUAACGAAGAGGAAGCGAGCUCUUCUGAGACCAAUCCAAACGAUGCCACUAAAAAAGAGGAGAAGGACUGGCAGCAGAUGUUACGACUGGUCAUGUUGCUGCAGAACGAAGGAAACUUCCUCAUUAAAGAAAAUCAAUUUGAAGAGGCUUCUGGAAAGUUCAAGGAGGCCAUGGAAUAUGUGGACGUCCUUCGGAAUAUGGUUGAUCAACAGGGCGAGGACUGGGACUCGCUAGAGAAAGUAUGUCUUCCGCUGACUCUCAACCUCAGCCAGUGUAUGCUGGAGCUCAAACAAUACCAGCAAGUGGUGGAGCUCAACAACAAGCUGCUGAAGAAACAUAAAGGUAACUUUAAGGCAGUGUAUCAACGGGCAAAAGCACAUGCUGCUUUGUGCAACAAGGAUGAAGCUCGGAGGGACUUUGAUAAGGUGGAGAAAUUGGACCCAACGUUCAAACCCUUUGUCCGCCAGGAACUGAAAAAGCUGGGUGAGAGGGUUCGCAUUAUGCACAUCCGCCAGAACAAGACUUACAGGGAGACAACACAGGAGAAGUGGGGGCCUGGUAGGAGCAAGGCAAAAAGUGCAGCAAGAAAGAAAACCGUCAAAUGUGCACAGAAAGCCACUGAAGUAGAAAAGAAGACGGAAGAGAGUAAGAUAGAAGACAAGGAAAGCUCAGAAAAACCCGCCCCUGCUGAGACCGAGGGAGUGGAUGAAGCAGACACAGAGAAAGAUCCAGAUGUGAAAGCUAAGCAGAGUAAUAAAGAGCUAGAGAGUGGGAGAGCGAGUGGAGAGGGGUUAGAUAAUGAAAAUAUAGAGAGUGUCGUGGUUCAUGAGGACGGGCAGGGUGUACCAGAUAAUCGAGCAGCAGAUAAAGAUAGCGAUCCCGCGCCCACCAGCACAGGCAAAGAUAAUGUAGAGAGCAAGAUACCAGCGCAGGAUCAGGUCAGAAAGAAGGUCAAAUGCCAAUCAGGUGCUGCACUGGGACCAGGCACAAGCCAAGGGAACAAAGCCACCUGUGAUAAGACAGGAAAUGGUGGCACUCAAUCAGAAUAGACCAAUGGGUGGAAUUUAUCUUGUGCAGAGCCAAAGGACCACAGGGGACGAUGAAUAGACCUUAAACUAACAGCAAUAUGGAUGGAGAAAGGGAGACAGCAGGAUAGACAAGUGAUAAACAGCCAAGCCUCAAAUCUCAACAGGAAAUAUUGAUUCUGCCACAAACAAAUCCAAAUAUAAACACAAGGAGGAAAAAUUAAUACAAACAGACUGCGUUUGGCAGUUAAGUUUCAUUGUUCGGUUCUCAUCGGGAUAACUGCAGGCACAUGAGAAAGCACACUCGGACAAGGAGUUUGCCAAAUACAAAGUUUUUAUUUCUGUACACAAAGAGUAAAAAGCAGCCAGUAACCCACUUGUUAUUACAGUAAAAAGCCUUUCUUCAGAAAACUUUUUAUACAGAUUAAAAACUCCAGAGAAAAGACAGCAAGAAGUGUUUGAGCGCUGGACAUCGACAUAAAUCAAAACCAUUAAACAUUUGAAUGAUUAAUGAGGUAUGUUAAUGGUGAUCUUAACAAAAAAAAAAAAAAAAAACUCAGUUCACCAGUAAUGUAUGAGUGUGUGUAUACAUGUAUUAGUGUUAUCAACACCUUGUUUGAGGUUAGAUGAUUCGUCGUCAUGUAAGCUUAGGUGCAUGAUAGCCUACAUGUUGUGAAACAAAGGCAGGGGAGUAAUGACCGUCAGCGUGUUGGCUACAUGCAGUAACAGAAGUCUGGAGAGAGACAGCAGUGUCCUCUGGGGUGACUCUUGCCUCUGCGGAAAGCCUUUUUCUUCAAUCGCACAGCUUCAGUCACGCCACAGGGAGCAGGGUCUGUUUCAACGGGUGCAGGGAAUAUAGGGAGCCACCACCAGUAUAGAAAUUAGUGCAUGGACCGGAUGAUCACGCAGUGAAUGAGAGAUGACUCUACUGCAGCUGGGGGACCAUCAAAGUCACUGGUGUCAAAGGGCAGCAGAGAGAAAACAUGGGGACAAACUGUUUGUGUCAUAUAACCACCUGGUGUGUUCAUCUCGACCUGCCUCGUCUAUAUUGCCUUUAAAUAAACAAGACCAGUGUUGACAGGCAGCCCUGUGGGGAGUUCCUCUGCUUCUUUUUUUCUCCACGCUGUCACUGUUGCAUCAUUCUGUGUAUCCGCACACAAAGUAUGGAGAUAAAAGUGAUCAUGAAUGUGUAAUGAGAUGUGUGAAUAGCAAUAAAUGAAUGAA